AUGUCAAAAAUAACCAAUAAGAAGCUGAAAGCAAUGAUCAAAGUGAAGUUUGAGGGUGAUUGUGAGGGAUAUGAAGUUGGAUUUUUGGUAAAAGAUGCGUCUAGUGGGAGUGUGAUUGAGUUCGUAAAAAUAGAUAAGUUUCUGCUUGAGGAACUCCAGUGGGGUCUCAAGGUGAAGUUUCUGUUGCCCUGUAGUUACGUAUGUGACAUUAGUUUGGUAUCAAGAGACACAUCAGGUGAUUCAACACAAACGAGUUCUAUGAUUUACAGGUGUUAUCCAACUAGCGGCACUGUAAUGGUCAAUAAUAAAUGA